CGAUUCUACUUGAGAGGAGAAUGGUUCUCCACAUAGAAUAAAAUGCAAGGAGCUCUCAUAUUUUGAUUUGUGAAGUUCUGUUCUGUUAGUUUUUGUAGCUGAAUAGCAUCACAUCAUUGCAACCUUCAGUAGCCACCAUGAAGCUUCUCAUUUCCAUCUGUCUUCCACUCGUCUUCUUGUUGGCUGGAAACGGGUCGACUCAAGUCGAUGCCUUGGUGGAUUCUCUUUCCCUUCGCAGCCGCAGCAAUGCCAUGCAUUCUUCCUCGAAGCGUACUAUGAAUGGACCUGUGGCUCUUGGUGAAGUCAGUGUCACGGCUCCUGACACCUCGGUGACUUUGGAUGCCUUGAUCAAUGAGCCACGCCCUGUCGUUACAAAACCUUCCACUCUUUCUCACUUGACUUGGAAACGCCGACUCGAUACCAAACAAGAUCCUCUUGAUGUCCACAAGUGGGCUGGCUUUGGCUGGUGGGUUUCGGCCACAGCCAUCUUUGGCACUGGAACUCUUUCGGGCUUUACACAAGUUCCGCCCGUCCUUGAGGCAUACACGUAUUUAUUCCUUCUUGCCACUCUCGCUCAGGGUGCCACGAGUGUCCCCAUGGCCAUCAAGUUUCGUCCCAAUGAGCCCGAUGUUCAGCGUGGCUUUAUCAGCUCUGCCAUUACAUCUUCCAGCAUGGCCAUUGUGGGUGUUUGGUUGAGUCCUUUCGGGGAAUCAGCUAUUUUGAGUCCCAGCAUUGUUGCGAGCCUCAUUGGCUUUAUCAUUGUGACAGAUAUCUUGUACAGUCUCACGUCAUUUGAGGACAUCAAAAUGAUGAUCCAAGAGUUCAAAGACAAGAAGAUUGAUCAGGCCAAGUUUAUCACUACUAUUCCUUGGGCACUCCCGCUCAACUUGAUCUUGCUCCACGAAAUGGUCCACCAUGCAAGUGAUAUGCGUCAAUACUUUGUUGCGACUAUUGUUUCCAAUGGCAGUUCCAUUGACUUGGUUUACUAUGCCUCCAUGGUCACGAGUAUAUUCAUCAGUGUUGGGAAUCUCACCUCCACUCUUCAUCAUCGCAAGCUUAUUUCCAAAGAAGUGAUGGAUAUUGCCUUUAUCGGAUCCCAGGUGGUCACUAUUGUUUUCAAUUUGAAGGCUGCGGGCCUGUACUGAACACCAGGAGGAGGAACCAGUAUACCCUUCUUUCAUUUGUCACUUACAGCACGAAGAAGCAAAAUGGAAAUCCAAGGCUUGCAUAUCGUGCAUUAUUUGUACGAACCCAGCCAGUAUCCGUGGCUGGCCAUAACCCUUCCAGAAUCGGUCGCUUAUAGCACAAAGCAGCAACCACGAGGAACACUGGAAUUGAAGGUUUGCAUAUCAUGCAUGUACUCAAGUAAGAAAACCUGGGAACUCUAUAGCUAGAAGUAAAGAGUCAAAGAAAUUUAUAGGCAUUGAUGAGUUA